UUUGACCUCAGUGGCAUGAAACUUGCCAACAUCUCUUGUCCCUAUGGAUGCUCCGAGGCUGUCCUGUCACUGGACACUGGGUACCGCGCCUCGGUGACUCUGGUACAGAAAGGCUGCUGGACGGGCCCGUCCACCGGAGAGAUGCUGUCCAACACCUACGCGCUGCCGCCCGACUACUCUGUAGUGCGUGGCUGCAGGACCGACUGGUGCAAUGAUGACCUCAUGAACCACGACACCAUCCCCAACCUGAGCCCAGCGCCCGACCCCCCGACGCUCAGUGGCACCGAAUGCUACUCCUGCGUGGGGACCCAGCCAGAGGACUGCACCCCGGAGAAGUCCCGACGGGUCCAGUGUCACCAGGACCAAAGCGUCUGCUUUCUGGGCAAUGGCCAAAUGACCGUUGGCAAUUUCUCAGUCCCCGUGUACAUCAGAACCUGCCACCGGCCCUCCUGCACCAUCAGGGGCACCACGAGCCCCUGGACGGACAUCGCCCUGAACGGCUCCUGCUGUGAGGGGCACCUCUGCAACGGGGACUCCACGACCCAGCCCUUCACCCCCACUUCGGCCUCCACCCCUCCCCUGGUCCCCCACAUCGCGGCCCUGCUCCCUGUGGUUCCCCUCCUGGUUGGCGCGCUGGGAGGAGCCCUCCGCCUCUCCCCCUAG